AUGUCCACUCUCCAAAAAUUCAAAAUAAUCUUCCACGCCCCCCCCUCCGCCCUCGAGACAACCAAGAAGGCCAUCUUCGCCGCGGGGGCAGGCCGAUAUCCCGGUCCCGGCAACUACACUGAAUGCUGCUGGGUCACAUCAGGCACGGGGCAGUUCCGACCGGGCGAUGCGGCGAACCCGGCGAUUGGAGCUGUGGGCGAGUUGGAGAAGAUCGAGGAGUUGAGGGUAGAGACGCUUUGUGUGGGUGUUGAGACUACGAAGAAGGCUGUGGAGGCGCUGAAGAAGGCGCAUCCGUAUGAGGAGCCAUCGUAUGGGGUUAUUCGGUUGGAGGAUUUCUGA